AUGGAUGAAAAACUGUUGAAAGCAAUCUGUGAACAUCUCAUACCAAUCAACUACAAUGAGAACAAGGAUAUUAUUGGAGAGGGGGACCAACUUGAUAGGAUGCUUUUCAUCAGGCAAGGCAUUGCACGGACGUACAGAACAAAUGGCAAAGGUGGAAAGAUUGGUACUUCUCAGCUUCUGGAGAAGGGUGAUUUGUAUGGAGGAGAGCUUCUAAAUUGGGCAUCAAAUCUAAUUACGUCUCGUACUGUCUUACCCAUCUCGACCAGAAAUGUCAAGUCUGUAAGCAAAGUUGAGGCCUUUACACCCAUGCCCAGGGACUUGGAGUUGGUAAUCACUAAAUUCUGGUGGCAUUUCACCAAAGACAAGGAGCUCAACCAAUUUAGCGACCCUGAGUUGGAGCAGCUGAAGAACCACGCAAUUUCUUCAAUAGAAAGAUAA